AUGAGCCUUGCUCGUGCUGUGUCUCUGUGCCCCGUCCGCGGCGCUGUGUCGUCGGCGGCAUCGCUGGCAGCCUGUGCUGCACCUUCUUUGGUGCGCUGCAAGCACACGGGCGCGAUGGCGAACGGCGCCCGUCGUCCGUCGACGCGUGGCGCGGCGCUUCCCCUUUCACUGGGCGCCGUGCGUACGUACGCCGCUGAGUCGAGUGGCAAGUACGUUCGUGCCAAGCCCCACAUGAACAUUGGUACCAUUGGUCACGUUGACCACGGUAAGACGACGCUGACCGCUGCCAUUACCAAGGUGCUCCACGAGAACUCAGGCGAGGGCAAGUUUGUGGACUAUGCCUCGAUUGACAAGGCGCCGGAGGAGAAGGAGCGUGGUAUCACGAUCUCGACCGCGCACGUCGAGUACGAGACGCCCAACCGCCACUACGCGCACGUCGACUGCCCUGGACACGCCGAUUACAUCCGUAACAUGAUCACGGGUGCUGCCCAGAUGGACGGUGCGAUCAUUGUGGUGUCCGCUACGGACGGUCAGAUGCCGCAGACGCGUGAGCACCUGCUGCUGGCUCGUCAGGUCGGUAUCAAGAAGCUGGUCGUGUUUGUGAACAAGGUCGACCAGGUGGAUGACAAGGAAAUGCUGGAGCUUGUGGACAUGGAAAUGCGUGAGCUUCUGUCGACGUACGGAUUUGACGGUGACAACACGCCAAUUGUGACGGGUUCGGCACUCGCUGCGCUCGAGGGCCGUGACGAGGAGAUUGGCCGCGGUGCGAUCCUGAAGCUGAUGGAGGAGACGGACGCUUGGCUUGACCUGCCGCCGCGUGACCUCGACAAGCCGUUCCUGAUGCCUGUGGAGGAUGUGUUCUCGAUUUCGGGUCGUGGUACGGUCGUGACGGGUCGUGUUGAGCGUGGUACGAUCACGAAGGGCUCGGAAAUCGAGAUCAUUGGCCUCGGUGGUCACCUCAAGACGACGCUGACGGGUAUCGAGAUGUUCCACAAGGAGCUCGACCGUGGUGAGGCUGGUGACAAUAUGGGUGCUCUGCUGCGUGGUAUCAAGCGUGAGCAGGUGCGCCGUGGUCAGGUCGUGAUUGCCCCCGGCACGGUCAAGCCCGUGAAGAAGUUCUCGGCGCAGAUCUACAUUCUGACGAAGGAAGAGGGUGGUCGCUACACGCCGUUUAUGAACAACUACCGCCCCCAGCUCUUUAUCCGCACGUCGGAUGUGACGGUGUCGCUGACCCACCCACCGGGCACGGAGAACGCUGACGAGGCUAUGGUGAUGCCAGGUGACAAUGUCGAGCUGGUGUGCGACCUGGUGCACGACAUCGCUCUCGAGGAGGGCUCGCGCUUCACGCUCCGUGAGGGCGGCAAGACGGUCGGCACAGGUAUCGUGACCAAGAUCCUGGGCUAA